AUGGCAGACCUGCUCUAUGAUCUCCUGGCGUCACAGCCUGGGUCUGAUUUGGCCAGGACUCCGGCGGACCACAGCACUUUGGAGUAUCUCAACCACCUGGCAUCUCAACCGCUCGCUUCCCUAGACACCAACGAGCCUCAGUCAUUGUCCCAGUCAUCACACUCAUUACUCCGCUCGUUGCAGGGGCUUUCAAAGAAAUCAUACCAGCCCAUCAUCGACUCUGCGUCGCAUCAUGCCUCUCUACAGACUGCACUGCCCGCCCUGGCAGCGAGCACGGCAGAGUUGCGAAAUGCAAUCCCCAGGUUGGACAACGAGGCCGUCAAAUUCUCCAGCACCUACAACAAAGCCAGCGAGAACGACGUACUGGCCAGGAGAAAGCGCGCUCUACUCCUAUCAAGAAAUGUCGAGCGGCUUGUUGAUGUGCUGGAACUACCGACCCUUCUGAACUCGGCCAUUUCAGCCUCUCCUCCCAACUACUCGUCCGCGUUGGACCUCAAUGGCCACAUACGCAGACUACACACACUGUAUCCGGACUCUCCACUGAUCGCAUCAAUAUCAGCACAGGCGGACGAGGCGAUGAGGACUAUGGCAGCUAACCUCGUGCUUUCCCUCAAAGCCCCCGGGUUGAAAUUGGCCGCCUCACUAAGGACCAUCAGCUGGUUGAGACGAGUCUUACCGGACCUCGAGUCCGCUGGGUCGCAGGAGAAGGGGCACGGCUCACAGGACAGAGCGCUAGGUGCUCUUUUCCUGGUGUGUCGGCUGGCGACGCUCAUGCACAUGCUCAACGCGUUGAAUCCUCUGAAGGAGCUGGCAGACCAGGAGAAGGCCAGGCAAAAGUCCAUCGGCAGCGGGAACGCGUGGUCGGGAGGACAGCAGACGGAGAGGUUCCUAAAGCGCUACGUCGAGAUCUUUCGUGAACAGAGCUUCGCCAUAGUCUCCAUGUACAGGAGCAUCUUCCCGGCAUCGGCUGACGCUCCGACAACAGCAGGCGCAGCACAAGGCGACCCCUUGGAACCACUACCCUCAACACUCUCUACUUUCCCCUUAUAUCUCGUGGACAUGCUCCUCGAGACGCUACGCAUCUACCUACCAACUGUCAGGGACCAAGCAUCCAGGGACAGCCUGUUGACGCAGGUCCUGUACUGCGCGGGUAGUCUGGGCCGUUUGGGAGGGGACUUUGGGCUGUUCUUGGCCGACAUGGACCUUGGUAGUGAGGCAGAGGAGGAAUGGGUUGAGGUAGUGAGACGACAUCGACUUUUGGCUGGACGCUUGGAGUCGAUAGUCGGAGACCAGAAGGAGAAGGUUUCCAAAUAG